AUGGAGCGAGUGAAUAAAGUCAUUGCUGGUGUCAUUGACCAAACAACUGGAGAAGUCCUUUCAGUCUUUCAGUCUAUUUUAAGAGGUUUUCUUGACUAUGACACUGGAAUUAGAUUGCUUGAGAAUCAGCUGAUUCUUUCUGGAAUAAUUUCUCCAGAAUUAGGAGUGUGUUAUGAUUUGGAAGAAGCUAAAGUCCAUGCCUUAAUUGAUGAACAGAUUCUGUUGCAGCUGCAAGAAUUAAGUAAUGCAAAGAAGCUUAUGUCAGAAUCAUCAUUAGCAAAUAUUCCCGUUGUUUCAGCUUUAGAACAAGGUCUGAUUUCAGAACCUCUGGCUAUUAAAAUUCUUGAGAAUCAGCUUUCAAGUGGGUAUUUGAUUUUGCCAUCUACUGGAGAAAAGCUGUCUUUGCAGAAUGCUUUCCAGAGAAAUCUCAUUUCUCCAACAUUAUAUUCCAAACUCCUGGAAAGACAAGAUACGUGUAAAGAUCUCAUAGACCCCAAUUGUGCUGAGAAAAUUUCCCUUGAACAGAUGGUUCAUAGAAGUAUAAUACAUGAAGCAACAGGGUUAAGACUCCUACCUGUGAAACCACAAGAAAAAGGGAGAAUUGUGCUAAAAUGUGGAAGGAAGGUAACUAUUUUGAGGGCAGCCCAUGAAGGGCUCAUUGACAGGGAAACAAUGUUCAGGCUGCUGGGUGCUCAGUUAAUGUCUGGAGGUAUCAUUGACCCUGACUCAGGGAAACGAAUGACUGUGGAAGAGGCCAUGAGACAAGGGAUGAUAGAUCAGGACACUGCUUGUGGGAUCCUCACACGUCAGGUUCAGACUGGUGGAAUCCUUUGUCAAAAUUCAGGACAGCGCUUGACUGUUGAUGAAGCUGUGCAAUGCAACUUAAUAUCAUCUACCAGUGCUCUGCUGGUAUUAGAAGCACAGAGAGGCUUUGUGGGACUAAUUUGGCCUCACACUGGUGAAAUAUUCCCCGUAUCAACUUCUUUGCACCAAGAUAUGAUUACAAAUGAGCUGGCAUUCAAAAUACUGAAUGAUAGAAAGAAAAUAGCUGCACUUUACAUUCCAGAAACUUGUGAAAUAAUCAGUCUUGACAAGGCUGCAGAAUCAGGGAUUAUAGACAGUAAUACUGUAUCUGUUUUGACCAAUGUGACUUUACCAGAUAAAAUGCCCAAUGUAGAAGAAUUAAAGUCCCUUUGUAAAAAUGCUGCAAAAUGGUUAUCAACUUAUGAAUUUCUGCCAUCUGUAUUUCAUGGCUGUGAGGGGGAACAUGAAGUUUCUGGCACAGAAGAUGCUGUAUGUCAUAAUCUAGAUGAAGCUAAGAAACUAUUUGUGUCUUACCUGAUGGUAAAUAGUUAUAUGGAUGCAAACACUGGACAGAGACUUUUGUUAUAUGAUGGACAACUGGAAGAAAUAAUCAAUACGUUGCUGGAAGGUGAUAGUGCUGGGUACAAUGCUGGUGUGUCAGAAAUAGAGUUUAGUAACAAAUAUGUAAGUUCAAAAGGAAUUCACUUAAAGUCAGCAGACAGUGUUCAGGGUGAUCUUUCAGGUGCUGAGAAUUCUUGUAAUAACAGGAUAUGUAAUCAGUUUGAUGAUUUUGGGAAUUACAUAUCUUCACAAGAAAAUUCCCAUGUGCGCAGGCCAGAUGUUUGCAGUACUCUUGGCACUGAGCAAUCAGAUUAUACACAGGAGAUGCAGUUAACUAGCCCUGCAGAACUCAGAAAUGUAGUAAGCAGCACUCAAAAUUCCAUGGAAAGAAAUGAACUGAGAGGUGUUUUGGAGGUUUCUGAGUGGACAGAACUCUGUAAGCAUAACAAUCAGCAGACAAGUUCAGGAAACAUUGAAGGUUAUCUUCCAAAUGACUCAAAUACAAGACUUUUAUCACAAACAGCAAAAGAAAAAAUUUGUGUGGGAGACAGUCUGGAUAAUGAAAACAUGAAUGAUAAAACAUUACAAAAUUCCUUGAGUGUGAAUGAUUUGUCAGAUAAGGAAACAUGGAAGGAGGUGGAAAAGUGCAUGGAGCUGGAAAGGUGCACGGAAUAUGGGCCUCCCAUAUUUCAAGCUGACGGUAGCAGAAUGGUACUGGAUAACAGCAAGAAAGAUAAUUUUCAGAGAAGUCUUGAUCCAUCCGUCACUGCAGACACUGAAUAUAGACUACAAGAGGAAUUGGUUAGUCAAUGUUGUUUCACACCAAAGUUUGAAGACAAUAGAUAUGGUGCACAACUUCUUCGGGAAUAUACAGGUCCAUCCCUACAGGACUGUCUUUAUAUUCAUGGAAGGCCAUCCCUGGAGGAUUGUGCUGAUUUUCAGAAUAAACUGUGUCUAGAAGACAGCAUAGACAUGCACCAUAGGCUUUCAUUGGGUGGUGAUACUGUCAUAGACGAUGGCCCACCUCUGGGGGACAGUAACAGCACAGCACAAAGGCUGGCAGAAGAAGAAAGCGAUCUUAUAUUCCACAGGUUGCUGCCUUGUGACACUAGUUCUGACUCAUCAUUAGAGGGGGGUGAUGACAUCCCACAGCUUGAGAGUACCUGCUUGCAGCAUGGAUUUGGUGAGGUAGCUUCUGAAGAGGACAGCUCUCAGUUGGAUGAUGGUGAUGAUGAUGAUGCCUAUGAAACACCUCAGGGUGAUGAUGAUGACAGCGAUGUCUAUGAUACUCCACAAAUUGAUGAUGAUGAUGAUGAUGAUUCCUCUGACACUUCUCAAGGUGAUGAAGGGUUUGACACCUUGCAGUUGGGAGAUGAUGAUACACCAGAGCCAGAACUGGCUGGGAGAUCAGUUCCAUUAGGUUUUCUGGAGGAGAGAGGUGGUCGAAUAACCCUAAGAGAAGAGACCAGCUCUUUUCAAGAACUAGCAGCAAAUGCUGGAGAGAAUGUUCAUGUAAAUGUGCAAGGGCAGCCUCAGAGCAUAACUAUAGCUUCUGUAAAUACCAAGACUGUGGAAAAAAUCCUUGAGGGAAGGGAAAGAACAGGAAGUUUUGGAGAGAAGGAGCAUGAGUUACCAGUUACUGUUGAGAGUGAAGGAACAAAGGAAGGAGCCAUGAGCUAUUUACGGAAUAUGUAUGAAGCAGAUGUACAAGACAGGAAUGAGGAAGUUGAAAUGAAAGCAGAAGGUGACCUGUGUGAGGAGGAAUCUGAAGGUACACAGAAGGGGGAAGAUUAUGAGGAGGAUUAUGAUAGUUAUGAUGACUCUGACACGGAUUCUGACAGUGAAGAUGAAAUAGAUACUUUUUAUUCACAUCAUCAGUGUAUAAGUAAAGGUGACCAGCUGUUUAUGUCUGUAGAAGAUGUAGAAAGGAGCAAUGAAAACAAUCAGAAUAUUGAUGACUGCUGCUAUUCUUUAGGCCACAAGACAGGAUAUACUUUGCAAUUCCACUCUAACCAUGAAAAUGGAAAACUGUCCCCAGUAAUAUGUGAAUCAAUGUCAAAUAUUUCUGAAGAAAGAUGUGUUGGUCUUUCAUGUACCAGUGGAGAAGCCAGACAGCAGGAAACAGAAGACGAAUAUGGGACUUGUAUCAAAAGUGAACAGAUGCCGCAAGAUACUACUGAGCCUAUUCAGUCUGAAAAUACCUUUGACACUAAAUGGAUGUCCACUAAGAGUGAAGAGAAUAAUGACACACAGUUUGGAAUUCCAGGUUCUCAGCUUCUUGAUGGUACUGUGAAAUCUGACAUCAAUGUGACAGCUUACCUACAGCAAGCUGCUGAUGAAGACCAAGGUACCUGGACAAAUUUGCUUCUCUCAGAAUGCUUUACUGAUAGCAUGAAUAAAGACAAUAAUACCAUGCCAAUGUUACAUUCAAAUCAUGGACAGAGACAGAGAGAGGCACAGCUUACAGAAGAGAAAGUAUUAAAUUAUAUGGAACAACUAAAGGAAAGUUCAUCCCAAAUGGACAAUAAAUUCCUUACAGAUACCCCUUACGUGAGUGAUAAUAGGGACCCAAUACAUCCAGUCACCAGUUGGAAACAUGGUGAAGUAGAAAGAGGUUUUGAAAUUCUCACAGAAAAUAAAAAUAAAGUAAAUAUUAUGGAGGAAUGUGGUGUCAUGAGGCUAAGUAAUAGUCCCAUUCAGAUGGAAAACCUUGGGGAAAUAUUUGAUGCAACAGUAAUUAAAGCUGCUAGAGAAACUCCUGCUGCAAGUAAAGAAAAAGCAAAUAUUGAUCAAGGUUUUCUUGACAUUCAAGGGACAAGAUCAGAUGAAUUUAAGAGAGAUGGUAAAAUUUCUGUUUCUUUAAAACAACAUACAGCAUGCAUAAAAGACGGUGGUCAUUCAGAACUCAAUAAAAUUGAAUUCUGUUUUGACGACAUGGAAGGAGGGGGAAAAGGUAUACUAAAUGAAAAGGAUUUUCUGCUAAAUACGGAAGAAAUGCAUUCAAGUGAAUGUAACACUUACUCUUUUCCCCCACCUGAUACAGCGAAGCCAAAGGAGAUUAGCAUAACAAAACAAACAGAGAGACUUAACUGUCAAAAUACUGACAAUGUUCUUAUAGACAUUCCAGAAAACAAAAGCAGCAAUGAUAGUGAAAUUUCCCCCCGAAAUGCUUUAGGAAGUAUUGAGGAUGCCAAAGAAUUAGGGGAUGGAAGUGAAGUGCAACCUACUGGGAGACAUACCCAUACCACUGAUGUUUCCUCUGCAAUUCUGAGUAGCAUGGGGACUAAGUUGAAUUACGGUGCCCAGAGCAAACAUGAGGUGCUGAAAAACACAAAGGGAGAAAAUGUCAUGGUCAGUGAGACUUCCUCCCUUGGAAAUGGUUUCAAAAAACAAAUGUCCAUGGAGUCAUUGCAAAAAGAAAUGGGAUCCUGCAAAGACUUUCUAGUAAAGGAAGGUAUUUCACAAUCAGCAGAUGUGUCUGAUACACUAAUGGAAGACUUACAGAAUAUAUUACAAAGGAAAAUGAAAAUGGGACAUGUUUACUGCAAGGAGGAAGAUGAACCCCUAAGUUACUCUGAUACCAGAACUUUAAUGCAAAAUUUACUUAAAAUGGUUAGAAGCACUCAGCUUGAGAGUGAAAUGCCUAGUGGGUUAAAUCUGAAGCAAAUAAGCAAUGCUGUUAGAAAUGCAUUAAUGGUCACCACGCUGAGUACAGAGCCCAAGGACAGUGAUGCUCCUUCACUGCUUUGGCCUGAUUGCAGAAGUCCUGAUCUUCUUCAUGACAUUCUGAAGCAUGAAUCCUGCAAGCAAAAGACAGCUGGUUCAGAUGAAAGGAAGAGUGAAACAGACAUGAAAGCUCCUGUUCCCAAGCUUGCUACUACUGAACUUCUGGAAUUAUUUCAAAUCUCACUUGGAGAUGAAAGUACAAGCAAGCUAGAGGAGCUGAUAAAUGGUUUGCUUAGGAGCUCACAGGUUGCUGAUAGCACCACAGAGCAUGAGGGUAAAGGCAAAGGAGAUGGGGUUUAUUCUCUUUCCUCAACAGAACAAUCAGAACUUGGAUCAGAAAUUGAUGAAGAGAAAACAUUGGCAGACAAAACAACCACUACUUGGAAACGUGAUCAGGAGCAUGGGAAGACAGAAAGCCUGUCCAAAGGCUUUACUGAACCUGUUUUGAAAACAGAAGAAGCAAUCAUGGGAGACAUCUCCACUAGCAUGUUUGAUGGAGUACAGCAAUGUUUAAAGUUAACACAGAAAAUGGAAGAACAUUUGGCAGUGCUUCAAGAUAUGAAAAACCACCUAGAUAAACAGCAGCCUAUUAGCAACAGCCUGGAAAUACUAAAAGCUGAACUGGAACAGCUAGAGUCAUUUGAAUCAGGACUGGCUACCUUUGCAAUUAUCCUAAAAAAGGACAUGAAGCUGGCAGAAGAAUUCUUAAAGUCUUGUAACAGGAAUAUCCCAGAAGAGAAACUUAAAGAGCUAAAGAUAAGCUAUGACUCUUUGCAGGAAGCAUUUUUGGUGGUCUGUGAUAGAUCUUCAAAACGAGCAAAACAAAUAGUCUGUGCUGUUGACUUGGAAAUGUCUAAGCUUGCAGGAUUACACCAGCAACUUUUAAACCAACUGCAGACAUUUUCAGACUGGAUCACAGAGAACAAUGAAAUCGUGAAUGGCUUCACAGUGAAUACUCAUGAUAUAGAAGAGAUGAAGAAAAGUUUACAGCUAUUUAAAAACAGUGCUGCAGAGCUCAGCUGUAAAAAAAUGCAACUGGAGUCCACUGCGUUUGAUGUUCAGUUCUUCAUUUCUGAACACGCUGAAGAUCUUUCUCCUAAUCAGAGCAAACAGCUGCUGAGGCUCUUAAAUACCACCCAGAAAUCUUUUCAGGAAGCACAGGAAGCAAUAACUUCUCAAGUGGAAAGUUUAGAGACUCAGUUACAGGCAGUGCAAGAGCUGGGUGAUCAGAAGGUUUGCCUUUCUGUGUAAAUGUGUGCUGAAUGUUUCUGUCUAUGGAUGAGGAAUUUUUAUACCAGCAUGCAAUAUUGAGUGUAUUUCUAUCUUUUCCCUUUUUACUACAGAUACAUUUGUAGUUCUACAAAAAUGAUAUUGAUGAAAUUUGUUAAUUAUCAUUUUUGUCUUUCCUUGGUAUAUUCACAGAAACAGCAUAUUAAAUUAAGAACAGACACAGGUCUGCUCUUUCUAACAAUGAGAGAAAUUUACUUGAGGUUUCUCCCAAGUGUUGUUUCUUCAGCAGCUCUAUCAGUAAUUGAUCCGAGCUAUAUUGAUCACUGAAUUUGCUAUUGCACCAUUCCAUAACACUCUGGUCUUGGUGAAGAUUUUCUUUCCCUUUAGUUUGCCAGGUCUGCUUAUGUGAUCUUUUCUCUAGAUCUUCAUAGUCCAAAAACCAGAUUUGUUAAAAUCUGUGUAGCAUGGAUUGUUUUGACUGACAUGGGCUAGAGGGACAAACAGAUGAUUGAAUCAGCCAAGAUACUUGCAGUUCUAGGUGUGGGCACUGGGAAAACUGUGAGUCAAGUUGGGCCAGCCACUUCUUCAGCAAGUGUAAGCAGCCUUUUUACAGUGAAAAGAGGCUGCUGAUAAGAUGCUGCAGCUUAACAGCACCUCCUCUUCUCUCAUAGCAGUGCUGUUAGGACUCAGAAUCACCACCUCAGGCCCUGGUUUAUGUGUAAAUAAAAGUGCUUUAAUAUUCUGAAGACUUUGUAUUAUUUUGCCAUUCCAAGAACAUUUCCUUCUACUAUAUUUUGUGAAAGAAGCAUAAAAUUGAGUUUAGGAAAGGCACGGAUAAGUUUUCUAGGACUUUGUAACAACAAUGAGCUUGCAUGUUUUGUUCUUCUCUACUGCUUAAAAAGUUCACAAUUUCUAUUCAGGUAACAUGUUAUGCAUACCAAAAAGAGCUAACUCACAUUCACAACUAACCUCUGUUUUGAUGUCCUUUUUUUCAGAAUUAAUAGUGUUUACCACAGGUUUCAAGUGGUUAAGAGACUGGAUUUUCACUCCUGCUGUUUGGAGAUUUCAUCCUUCACAUAUGUGCAUGGCCAGACCUCUAUCGGGCAAUUCCAUCAAACAUGGUCUCUUUUACUUAAAACAUAUUUGAGGUUUAUCCAUAACUUCUAUAUGUUCAUCUUGCUCUUUAUACCACUGCUAUCAUGUUUACAGCAUACUUUAAAAAAUAUUGCUUUGCAAUAUUGAUGUUCAAAGAUUUCUAAUGUCUGAGUUCCUGAAGUGAGGAUUUUUUGUCUUACUGUUCCAUUGUACUUGGC